GCUAGCUGGCCAGCUAGCUCCGCGCGACGACGCCGCGCGCAUAUAUAUGUACGUAUAGUACGUGUGCAACGUCAUAGUAGUAGUUAGCUUUGGUUGCUGCGCCGUAGCUGUGCAGUGGGCCUACAAUUAUUGUACAAAAGUAUUCACUCAGAUUACGUCUGUUGCCUAACGUGCUUUCGAUGUCACGUACAGCGUGAAGAUUUCCAAAAUCAGAGAAUUUGGUUGAGCCAUGAAAGGCUGAGUGCACUGUUUGCCAGGAUGCAGUAGCUGCUAUUGAUGCAACAGGCCAAUGCAAAGAACCUACGCUACGUUGAAAAAAAAGGCAGUCAACAAGCCAAUGGAUGGCAUCAUUAUGGGAGAACCAUCGACUCGUUAGAUGUUGUUUCAAGACAAACAUUUGCUGGAACUCUCGGACCAAUGCUUGCAUGAAACUUGGCACAACCCAUCAAGCCAUUUUUUCCGAUAGCGCAUAAACACCUAGAUCAAACAGGGAGAUUGAUAAUGGCCCUUCUGAGUCAACACUAUGGUGGCAGGGUACCGGGGAUGAUUAAGGCACACAGCUCGGUGCCGAGCACUCGCAGAAAAGCCGACAGCAUCCCCACCAGCACGAUGAGCGCCGGUGGGUGUGAAGUCACGUUGGAUGGCAUUCCCAUCCUCCCAGAGAACUCGGACCGCGGCCAGGGCUGCAACCACGUCAUCUAUCACUAUGCCAGCCAGGUGUUUGGGAGUUUGCGGCCGGCCAAGAAGACAGACAAACUGUUACUGGAUGUGGAUCUUAGGUCAGGGAAGGAGCCACCAAAGCUGACAGCAAUCAAGGAUGAAAGGGCCAAGAGGAAAGUGUACGAUUUGGCAUUUGAUGCUCUAAAAUAUCAAGCCUUAUUGGAGGAUAUGCUAGUGGACAGUGGUUACUACAGCUAUGACACAGUGCCAGAUGAGAAUCAUAGCAUUAUCGUGGUCAUCCUGUGCGACAUGCUUAACCGCCACUUUGCCAAGCGCCUGCGGGAACCCAAUGAGCCCGUCAUUCCCUACGUCCAGGAAUUCGAGGACGACCUGUUUGCGCACACCACCAAGCUGAAUGCCUCAUUGGCCCGGAAUCGGAUCAAAUUCCAGGCGCGGAGCGUGGAAUGUCUGUUGCCAGAGAAAGUCCGCCAGAGGGAGGAAUGUGGAACUAAGAUGCCAAUCUAUGCAUGGGUUAAUCAGCUACAAAACAGUGUGGAAGACGUGAUUGAGCAACUAACCCAAGAUGGCUACAAGAAGGUCCCUUCUAUCAACUCGCUGGGAGAGUACAGCUUCACCGUGGACUCCCAGUGCCCCAAUGUUCUGGUCUUUGAUGCUCAGAACAGAAACACACUGGAGGAUAGUUAUCUGGUCAGAGGGGGCAACCUGGUUAUUCAGGAUAAGAGCUGCUGUCUGGGACCUCACUCAGUCAAAGCCCUCCUGAACGAAGGGGAUGAUGUCAUCCACAUUUACACCGGUUCUGGGUGGACGACGGCCCAUCUGGCGACGCUGACCAAUCAAGAACAUUGCACAAUCUACGCCUUCGGAGUCAAGAACGAGGAGCACAGCGAACAACUUAUGGCCAAUGCUAAGAAACUUGGCAUACACAAUGUAAAAUUCAUUCAGGACAACUUCUUUGAGGUGCAACAUAUUGACAACCGCUUCAAGAAUGUCAAAGUGGUACUGGUCACCCCUCACGAUUCCAGGUCAGGGGUCACGAACCCUGUGGAAUACAUUAUUCAUGAGGGAGCAGAUGCAAGUAUAUUGGGAGAGCUGUCCCAGGAGCAAAUAGACAGUGACAAACUUGAUGUCCUGGUGUCUAAACACAUGGAACUGCUCAAGCAUGCCAUGAAAUUUCCACACGUCCAAGCGGUGGUCUAUGCCACUAACUCAAUCUUCCGGGAAGAAAACGAGAAUGUGGUCACCAAGGUAACGGAGUACAUCAACGCUCGUACUUCUACAUCGAUCAGGAACCCCUUUCGUCUCAUCCCCCCUGUCCUGCCUCUCACCCCAGCUGAGCUGGAAAAGCAGCCAUCCUCCAAAUUUAUCAAGAUGGAGCCAUCAAGUUCAAUGGGCGGAUGCUUUCUCUCCGUCAUGAGUCGUGAGGAUGAGUCCAUGAGUGCAUCUGAUGUCAUUGCCCGGGCAGCAGCCAAGGGUCUCUGUUCCCUCCCCCCUGCCAAGGCAACGGCAACAACGACAUCAGCCCAAGGGGAUGAGCUCAAGCCCAAGAAGAAGUCUUCAAAGACCUCCCAGAAGUCGCUGACCAAAAGUGCCUCAGCCAAGAAGGAGAGGAAGGGGCCCAAGACGUCCAAGAGCCCUACGGCAGACCACCACGGCCACGGGCCAACAGUCAGGAGCCCCACCCUGCUGGUGAAGAAGCCGAGCAGCAAGCGGCUGCGGCCCAUCAGAACUGCAAGUCUGAUGUUUGCCCACCACUUUACAAACUCCUCCACCUCUGACAGGCAACCCUAUGGUGUCCCCAUGACCAAAGCAUCCUUAGUGCGAAUGCAGCCCAAAGCUGAACCGGUACGCCCCCACCAGGAGGCCAUCCAUCAUCCCAAGCCUUUCCUGUGAUUGGACAGUUAUGCCAGACAUGGUAGUGGCCAUGAAAAAUACCACAUGCCCAUUAGCUUGUGGCGGAUGCAUUCCGUCAGUCAAAUCUCAAAUCAAAGUGCAGUAUUGGCUUGGGUUGCAAGUUUGGGUGAGCUAAUGGGAGGUUCAUUUGCACAGUCAUUCACAAGCUGAAGUGGGGGUGGCUAUGCAAAUUUCACAGUCAUUCACAAGCUGAAGUGGGGGUGGCUAUGCAAAUUUGCACAGUCAUUCACAAGCUGAAGUGGGGGUGGCUAUGCAAAUUUUACUCUCCCUAUCUGUUCAAUGUACUGUCUGAAAUUUUCAGAUUGGUUGAUAUGGCUUUAAAUCUUAAUAAUUAAAUUAUUUUUUUCACUGAUAUUUGGGUUGAAUAUUUACAGCUGAAUCCGUCUAGUUCAGUUCAAAAAAAGAAACUAAAAAAACAGGGUCUUCAAUCACCAUUCCUUUGUGACAAUUCUAAAUUUGAAUUAUAAGGAGUGGCUUUAUCUUAUAUUUAAUCAAUUUGGGGUCAGGCUGAUGGUUUCUGUGAGCCAUGAACUUGCUUUAUUUAUUUAUUUUGUUUGGAGUAUUAGGGGCAAAGAAUGUUCAGAGGUCAAAUCUCUCACACGUUUUGCAAGAGUGGGCCAUGAUUGGUGUUUGUUAAAAAGCCUGUGGAACAAAAUAUCUCUUAUUCAUUCUGUUUUUGCUUGCUGUUUGUACAAACUCCUGUUCAGAGACCAUUUGCGUCAAUUCAGGUGAUAAGUGACAGCAAAAUUUGACAUCUUUACGCCUUAAACUUCUUUGUUGUAUAUUAUGCAGUGAUCACCUUGAAGCCACAAAUGUUUCAGAUUUGGUACAGGAUUAGAAAUAGAAGCAGAUUGUUUGCAUUUUUCUUCAGGGUAAUUACAGUUGUCUAGAAACAGUUUUUUUUUGCAGUUUUUCCAUUUAAUAGUUAUGUCUGCACUUUGAUUUGGUACCCCAAAAGUCUUGUGGUUGUGCAACAGAAAUGAAAUUACUAAUUUUGUAUGCAAAUUUAUUUGAAACAUUUUGCUCUUCACUUUAUACAUUUAUCACACUGAUUUAAAUAUAAAAAAAUUCACCAUUUGUUGAAUCUUGAAACUCACUGACACGCUUGGUAAAGUAUAUGUUUAAAAGUAAAUAGGUUUAUGUUUCUCCUCACUAGCACAUAUGCAAAUGUAUUUUUGAUCAAAAUUUAUAUUUUUAUUUUGCAAAGUAUUCCUUUGGAUUGCCCAAUAUUUCACAUUUCUAUUCACGUUUAUGCAUUUUGUGUUGCCAACUCAUAUUAAAAUUUGUGAAUGCAAGACACAAAUGAAUUGAAAAAAACAGUUUAAAAUGUGAUUAGAACCUCAGAUUGAACCAAUAAAAUGUAUGGUUUUUGAAA